ACCAGUAAACAAACCAGAAACUUCACGUCCACACACACGCACGCACACACACACACACACCAGCUGUUUGCCGUACACACACACGCACACGAUGUCCGCCGUGCUGGUGUACACGGUGCUGGCCGUGCUGGUGGGCGUGGUGAUCGCCUUCCUGUCCUUCUACAGGAAAAAGGAGGAGAAAGGAGUUGAGCGUGUCCGAGGAGUCCGAGCUCGGGCAGUGGCAGCAGCAGCGGCGGCGGCGGCAGCGGCUGAUGAUGGAGGUGGCGGUGGUGGUGGUGGUGGUCGGGCAGCCCAGCCGCCACCCAACCGUGUGGCGGCCAAUCGCAACGCCCGGGCCAGGAUGAGGGCGGCCGCUCAGCGCCACGCCGGAGGGGGCGACUCAGAUGAUGAGGGUGCGAGCGAGGACGAGGCAACAGCCGUGGGUGACAACAUUGCCCUGCCAGAAGGUCGCGUCGGGAAGAAGAAGCUGGCGAAACUACAGGCCAAGGCGGACAAGAGGGUCAUGAGGGAGAUGGAGGAGAGAGAGAGAGAGGAGAGAAAGGAGCGGAAGGAGAGAGAGGAGGAGGAGAGGAAGAAGGACGAUGAGAGGGAGGCGGAGGAAGAAGCACGGAAGGAGGAGGAGGAGAGGAAGGCAAGGGAGGAGAAGGAGAGGAGGGAGGAGGAGGAAUACCAGCGGAUGAAGGAAGAGUUCUUGGUGGAGGAGGAAGGCUUUGAGGAGGAGGAGGAAGAUGAGGAGGAGAAGAAGAGGAACCUGUUGAACCAUUUUGUCUCUCAUAUUAAGAGCGAGAAGGUGGUGGUUUUGGAGGACCUGGCGGCCAUGUUUAAACUGAAGACCCAGGACGUGAUUCAACGCGUUAACGACCUGCAGAAGGAAGGGACACUGACAGGUGUGAUUGACGACCGAGGGAAAUUCAUCUACAUUAGCCGCGAGGAGCUUGAGGGAGUUGCCAAGUUCAUCCGCCAGAGAGGUCGAGUGUCCCUGGCAGAGCUGGCCGAGUCAUCCGCCAGUCUGAUCACCCUGACCCCUGAUAAUACUGCUACUGCUACUGCUGCUUCUGCUUAAGGGGGUGUGAUGGGAGUGGGUUGUUACUGUUAUGUGCUAGGUCAGGUCAGGUUAGGUUAGGUCAGGUCAGGUCAGGUCGUAUCAGUGGUCCUUAACCUGGUAGCAGCGGGGAUCAUGCUUCUUAAUGGUCCCUCUAAGCGAGAAAAAUGAGAAAAAAUCACCCCUCACACAAACCAUUUCAUAAUGUACAUCAACGCAUUUGUAAUCAGAUUAUGUAUCAUCUAUUUUUUGGGGUUUAUAUCAUGGCGCAAAUUUGGCCCGUCGCUGCUACACGGUAAAGCCACAAAUUUGGCCCGUCACUGCUACACGGUAAAGCCACAAAUUUGGCCCGUCGCUGCUACAUGGUAAAGCCACAAAUUUGGCCCGUCGCUGCUACACGGUAAAGCCACAAAUUUGGCCCGUCGCUGCUACACGGUAAAGCCACAAAUUUGGCCCGUCGCUGCUACCGGGUUAAGGGAGAGAAGGAGGGCGAGGGAGAUCACUUUGGUUAGGUUUUAGAAAGGGAGACAAAGAAGGGAGAGAUAGGAAGUGAUUCAGUCAAGUCCUUAAAGAAUUGGGUUACGAACUUCACUCUCUGUUUUCUGCGCUGCUUAGAAGAGAGAAGGAAAACAAGGGAGGUCAGACGUCAAAAGCUAAAUUUAAGAGCUGUGAAAUAAUUAUAGAAAGUGUUAGUUAGGUUAUAUUUGCUUGGGUUAUAUGAGGCAAAAAAUAGCUUGAAGUAUGACUCAAAAAAGAAAGUACUGAUUGCAAUAUUAAGGAGAGAGAGAGAGAGAGAGAGGUAGAGAGAGAAAGAAGGAGAGGGAAGGAGAGAUUAGAAGGGAGAGAGAGAUAAGAAGGGAGAGAAGGAAAGGAAGGGAAGGGAGAGAGAGAAAGGAAGAAGGGAAACUAAUGUAAAAUGACUCAAAAUUAGGAAGUAGAUUGUAGACUGAAAGAGAUUGUAGAGAAAGGAAGAAGGGAAACUAAUGUAAAAUGACUCAAAAUUAAAAGUAGAUUGUAGACUGAAAGAGAUUGUAGAGAAAGGAAGAAGGGAAACUAAUGUAAAAUGACUCAAAAUUAAAAGUAGAUUGUAGACUGAAAGAGAUUGUAGGGAAAGAAAGGAAGAAGGGAAACUAAUGUAAAAUGACUCAAAAUUAGGAAGUAGAUUGUAGACUGAAAGAGAUUGUAGGGAAAGAAAGGAAGAAGGGAAACUAAUGUAAAAUGACUCAAAAUUAAAAGUAGAUUGUAGACUUAAGUAGACAAAAUAAAGGUGGAUGGAAUUAAGUAUAAAGUUUGUGAUAAAAGAAAUGAAACAAAUAAAUAUGAAAUGGUUAUAA